UCGAGAGGAAAGGAGGAGCAGGAGCAGGAAGAGGAGGAGCAGCGGGAGGAGCAGCAGCACCAACCCCACGCGGUUCCCCCCCUCAGGCCGCGGCUGCUCCGGCUGCGCCGGCAUCGCCCCCCGGAACCGCCGGAUUUCCCAUCCCCAAACCGUGGCCGGGUGGAGGAGGAGGCUGUGAGGAAGAGGAAGAUGCCCCAGGACACCCAGGCAGACAAGGAGCUGAGGAUGGAGACCAGUGAGAACAAAUCCCCGCAGCUGAACCUCGUGGAAGAGGCUGUUUUGAGUGGCUCCAUGGUGCAGGAAUCCAAUGGGGAGGAAAAGCCAGAGACAUUCCACAUGAGGAGGGUCUGCAACCACAGACUGCAGGGAUCAGAGGAGGAAAGACCCACCCUGGGCCACAGAUGCGGCCAGAGCUCAGAGCUAGGGGUCCAUGAGCUGCUUCACGAUGGGGAGAAACCCCAGAGGUGCUCACAAUGUGGAAAGAGCUUCAGCCAGAGAUCCUACUUGAUCCGCCACCAAAGAAUCCACACGGGGGAACGGCCCUACGAGUGUGGUAAAUGCAGGAAGAGGUUUCAGAGCAGCUCCACGCUCCUCAGGCACCAGCGGAUUCACACAGACGAGAGGCCCUUCUGCUGUCCCGACUGUGGGAAGGGCUUUAAGAACCACUCUGCCCGUGUCAGCCACCAGCGCAUCCACACCGGGGAGACACCCUACGAGUGUCCCCAGUGUGGGAAGAGCUUCAGGUCAAGCUCCAACCUGAUCGUCCACCAGAGGAGCCACACAGGGGAACGGCCCUAUGAGUGUGGGGAGUGUGGGAAGAGCUUCAGGUCAAGCUCCAACCUCAUCAAACACCGGAGGAUGCACACAGGGGAACGGCCCUACGAGUGUGAGCAGUGUGGGAAGAGGUUUCAGACCAACUCUGACCUCCUCAAGCAUCAAAAGAUUCACACAGGGGAGAGGCCCUUCCGCUGCCAAGACUGUGGGAAGGGCUUCAUUGUCAACUCUGACCUCGUCAAGCACCAGCACAUCCACACCGGGGAGAGGCCCUACGAGUGUGAUAAAUGCAGCAAGAGGUUUCAGACCAGCUCCACGCUCCUCAAGCACCAGCGGAUUCACACGGAUGAGCGGCCCUUCCGCUGCCCCGACUGCGGGAAGGGCUUCAAGCACAACUCCAACCUCGUCAGGCACCGGCGCAUCCACACUGGGGAGAAGCCCUACGAGUGCCCCCAGUGUGGGAAAAGCUUCACCCAGAGUUCUAACUUGACCCAGCACCAACGGAGGCACCGGUAAGGGCAGCCCUGCCAGGUGCCCCCAGUGUGGGAAGAGCUCCAUGCGCUGCUCCAGCUCCAUCCCCCAUGGGAGGAUCCGCACUGGAUGGUCCCCAGUGACUUCGGUGGGCAGAGCCCCAGUGAUCUGUGGUGCUGGUGAUCCAUGUUGGGAAAACACCUGGCUGGGAGCUCCACAUCCUCCUGGCUCCCUGUGGGCACCUGGACACAUCCACAAACCAACCUCAGAAAUCCAUUGUACCAUUGUAGAGAGCAGCUUUGUCGACUUCUGACCCCAGAAAAAUCUCACUUUUUGCAUCUUCUGGUGGCAUCACGCAACACUGGCUGGCCUUUGAGGUCUUCUCCAACACAAAUCCAUCCUUUUAAUUCUUUCUGGCCCACGGCAUCUUCCAUAGCCAAAUGGGGAUGGUCUGGGGCAAAACCCACAAUUUUGGAGACAGUGGGCUAGAAACCCUUCCAAAAAAGGUUCUGCCCACCCAGCCAAGCACAUGGAUGCUCUGCUGGUAGGGACAUGAAAAUCCUUUUGUUUUGGCUGUGAAAGGAAAAGGUUUCUCUUCAUCCCUUUAAGACCCUGAAACGGGGGUAAAAAUAAAGAUGUUGGACUUAGGCAUGGAUGGGGAGAUGUGGGGGGGCAAUGACAUGGGUGGGGCCAUAUGGAGACAUGGCCAUGGAUGGGGACAUGAACUGGAACAGCAUCAAUGCCACCACCUGUGCUACCACAGUGCCACCAGCACCUUCAACUCGGCCACAGUACCACAUCCCCACUGUCACCUCUGUAGUGUCCCAGACAAA